UGUUGCUAUUUUGACAUGUUUCGUUCUAAAAGCUUGAUUUGUUUGAUCAAAUCGGAGAUGGGGAAGAUUCCAGUGAAGAUAAAGGCAGUGGUGUACGGAUUAUCGCCGUUUCAGCAGAAGGUGAUGCCUGGUCUAUGGAAGGAACUCGCUAAUAAAAUCACACACAAAGUCACCGAGAAUUGGCUUAGCGCUAUCCUCCUUGUGGGCCCCGUCGUUGGCACCUACUCGUACGUUCAAAAUUAUAAGGAAAGAGAGAAGAUGGAGCAUAGAUAUUGA